CUCUCUCAAAUGGCAUCUUUGAUGGCUUGAAACAAACUAUAGAUAUCUCCGUUUAUGAUAUUUGCACCCUCCAUCCAAGCAAAAUGAAUCAGGAUGUGCUUUGGAGGAUGCGGGAAAUUUUGCUUUGAGAUGUUCGACGGUGGAUUCGAAGAUUCAGCUUUGCGUUGAGCAAUCGCACCAGCAUCCCCAUAGAGGGUUUGGAAGUUUGAGUUAUACCUUCUCCUAUGGCAGCCAAGGUGAAAGGGUUCUUUAAAGGAUUCAAACACAUGUCGCAAAUCUUUGUUGACAAAGAGCAUGAAAUGGAGAUUGGCUACCCGACGGAUGUGAAACAUGUAGCACAUAUAGGUUGGGACAAUGGCUCUGGGUAUUCCCCUAGCUGGAUGACCGAAUUCAACACAUCCUCUGAUCUGUCACCAGCACGCAAUUAUGGGAAAUCCAGGGAGCCAUCUUGCUCUUCUCAAGAGUGUCAUCAACCGAGAGGACCCCAACUCUCGCUUCGGCCAAUCGAAGAUGGUAGUAGUCAACCUGAGGUUCCUAAAGAUCGCAAGAAAAAGCGGAAAAAAAAUAAAGCUUCUUCUCCUCGAUCAUCUGCCACAAGAUCUUCAAAAGUGUCAUCCAAACUGAGAGCUUCAUAUGCCAAAGCAGUCGGAGAUGAUGCUGAAGCACAAGACCAACGUCGUGGAGUUUAAACUACAUAUAUUUGUAUAUGUCUCUUGUUUUAAUGUGAUAAAAAGAGAAAAAAGAUGUACCUUUGUGGUAAAGAUUUGGCCAUGAAGUACUGUUUA